CCUCAACCGAAAUCGUGUCCAUUCGAGGGCAAUCGCUGAAUGCAGAGCUUAACUGACCCAACAUAAUCCAUCGUACCAGGCAUUUUGAACAAUGGAAUCCCGUGAAAGCGCCCGUGAGCUCGUUAGGAGCAUUGCUAGGGGCCGUGGUUAUCUGAGUGAGGAAAUACUGGAACGGAUGGACCAGGAUACCCGUCGAGAGGUCGAGGAAGCCAUGCUGAAAAAAGACGAGAUGAUAGGGUCUUCUGUGUUGACAUUAGCCAAAGAUGUCUAUAAUAGCAGUGCUCGGUUUGUAUUCGAGCUGUUACAGAAUGCCGAUGAUAACAGUUACUCUAAGGCCAAAUCCCGUUCGGAAGCACCCUAUGUUUCAUUUCGCGUCUACCCGCGACAAAUUGUUUUUGAUUGUAAUGAGGAUGGCUUCACGCCAGAGGAUCUGAUCGCCAUCUGCAAUAUCGGAAAGAGUUCAAAGACUAGUGUCCAAGGAUAUAUUGGAGAAAAAGACAUUGGGUUUAAGUCGGUAUUCAUGGUCGCGUGGAAAGUUCUCAUCCAGUCGGGAGAACUUUCAUUCUAUUUACAGCACAGGAUUGGCGACUCGGGGAUGGGCAUGAUUUCACCCAUCUGGCAGGAAAGAGAAGAGGAGUUGCCAAAUGACAUAACUCGAAUUACGCUGUUCUUGCACGAGACAGGCCCAGAAGAAAUCCUUGCCAAACAACGCGAGACGACCCGCCAGCAGUUCCAAGAGCUUCAGGCGACCUUCCUUCUGUUUAAGAAAAACAUUGAAAAAAUCGACGUUGCCUUCUAUGAUGAUGAAAGUAAGGAAACGUGUAGUAUGCUCUACUCACUGGAAUACCUGUGCAAGUCUCGGGGUAAACUCGUGGACGAAAAAAGGGAGAACGGUCAUAUUCACGUGGAUACUCGACACUACCAUAUCACCAAAAUCACGUUGGACAAACUUCCCUUUUUGAUCCAUGCAGAUUUUCAUACCGACGCCAGCAGACAGGACAUACCUCUGUCUUCAACCCGGAAUACCACUUUACUCAGUUAUGUAGGCCUGGUGCUUGCUACAGCAGUGCAGGAAUUUUGCCAACACCCAACCUUACAGUAUCAAUGGAUGAGAUACCUCCCAAGACGCGAUGAGCUCUCCAGCGGUUCAUUUUCGCAAGAACUGAGUGCCAAAAUCCAUGCUCACCUAAAUAUGUCUGAUGUUCUUUGGACAAGAACUCAUAGCGCACUGCACCCUAUCAUACGUACGCGAAGACUACCUUCUAGUAUGCUCGAUAGCAAUGGAAAUCCUCUGUUGCCAGACUUGAAGCCCGAACAGUAUCUCUCCCCUAAGUAUCGUCCAAGAGACUUGAAAUUGUUGAUGGGGUACGGCCUUGUUUAUUUGAGCAAUUAUGGGUUCCUGGAAAGGGUUCGCCAGGAUCUUAGCCGCGACGACUCACUGAUAAGAUCAUUCAGCGUUGAUGAUGAUUGGCAUUCGCGUGUGGCUAGGGUCCUGAUGUCAGCCUACCAGGAAAGGCCCAAAUCGGUGUCUGCGCUUGCUAUUAUCUCCCUGACUAACGGCGAAUGGAGAUCUUCAACCUCCAUAAAGACCCAUCGCAUCUACCAUUCUCACUGUAACGGUUACCUCAUCCCCGAAGUGAACAUGCCUUUGGUAGACCCGCAAGCUGAGAAGAACCCCGACCGAGAAAGACUGUUCAGUCAACUUGGUGUUAAGAAUCCGAAGGUAUCUCGGGUUCGAGACGCUGUUAUCCGUACCAGUUACAACAAAACGGUUGACCUCGACGAGUCUCGAGCACAGCUGGAAUUUCUCUACCUUACGGCCCAUCUUGACCGCCGAAUUGAUUCUGCGCAUUUCUACAGCGACAUGGAUCUCAUAGACCAGCAGAACAGAUACCGGGAGCCGGAUUCACAUACCUUUUACUUUCCUGGAAAGGACUUGUACAGUGCCGAGCAACUACUCACGCCGACGAAACAUUACGGGACCGGGAAGAGUUCAAGGCCGGGCGUUUACAUCCUACAUAGUCGCUAUAUGGAACCCAUCCCUAUAAAGCCAAUUGGGGAACGCCGGACAUGGAUGACGUGGUUGUCGGAGUCACUGCAAGUCCGCAACACCAUUCCAAUUACAGAUUCCAACCGGUUGAGCCCAGAGUGUACCUUCAUAGCCGAGCAUCAUCCUGAGAAAUUUGUAGGGUUCUUGGUCAAGAACUGGAAAUUCGAUUCUGCUCUCCUGGGAAAACGCAAACUGAUUGAUGAGUUGUUGAAACUUAAGGUUGUCUGUGAGAGUGGAUCAAGCUAUUCUCUGGGCGAGACAUAUAUCCCGGUUCCUGAGAUUUCAUACCUCAGAAAAUUUCUUCGGGAUGAAGAUGAUUUCCCAUGGCUUAAAACGGAUAGUUCCUGGCUUCCUGAACUGAACGAUAUGGCUAAAGCAUUGGGUUUCGGCUAUCCAAAAUCUCAGUUGGAAGCCUACCUGCGAGCUCUACAGUCUAUCAAGGAAUCUAGUGAUGGUAACCAUACAACACCCGAUGAGAUCGAGCGUGUCUACGGUCUGUAUGCACGCAUCCAGGCUCAGUACAGUGAGUCCUCAACACCAGACUCUUAUCGUUCAAUUCUUCGGACUGCUUUCGCUUCUCAAAACCUCAUUCACGUACCAAACAUGGAUGAUGAAGGAGGGCCGUACGCAGACAAUUGCUUGUGGGAAGCGCCCCAAUCCGUGGAAUGCAAAAUCCCUCUAAGACGGAAGUACAACGACGUGAAGCAUGGAAAUUGUCUUGCCAAGCUCUUUCAAAACACGCUAGGUAUACCAAACGUUGGGUUGAACGACUUACUGAACGAGCUGCAAUCCUUAUCUGUAGAGGGCUGCGACAAUAUCGACAGAAUCUUAAUCAUGUACAGAGAAAUAGAUAAGUGCCGCCCGAAGAUGACCAAGGAGACUACAGAAAAAGUCCGGCGGCGCUUCGAACUUAGGAAACUUAUUUAUAGUAACGGGAAAGCCACGGGUGGUUGGCAUAGUUCAUCGCAAUGUUUGUGGUCGACUGUCACCAAUACCAGAGGGAUCGUAACGCUCAAAGACCUCUACAAAGACCUACAAGACUUCUUUGUCGAGCUAAUAGGUGUUCAGACAUUGACAGCGGAAAUGGUGUACAGCAAGCUUCUUGAGCAGGGACGCGCGAUGACACCUAUCAACGAGAUCAAAGAUACCAUCUGGCUUCUGAACUCGUACCUACAGAGUGAGGAAGAUCCUCCUAGCUCAACUAGCCUACUCGAAAGUAGAGUGUUCCCAGUGAGAUAUCGCAACGGUGUCGUAGAGCUGCGCAGCUCUACAGUUGACUUCACCAUAUCUGACCGAAAACAUCUGUCACAAUAUUUCUUCGACAAAGCCCUGUUUCUUGACUUUAGUACUGAAGAGGUAUUGCAGCUAGAGUCUUUCAUCGAAUGGGCUAAAAUUGAGACACGCUAUAUCUCGUCUUGCGUGAAGGAGAUUUCCUCUUAUACGGGCGACUCUUACAGGUCGCUGACGUCUCCAGAUCGAAAGAUAUCUCAGAAGGCUUACGGGCUACUGCGAAUUGCCGUACAUUAUAAGAGCCCACGACUAGCGGACGGAGAGCGGGCGUUUUACGACUUACUGAAGAACAUCGAUGUUCGCGAAACCGAUGGGAUCACCUCUAAACUACAUCUACAGCAGGAUGGGAAGGGAAUCAAAGCGAAAGUCUCGGAGGGCGAGAUACAUAUCGAAGAAAUAACGGAUGGGCUGCACAUCUAUGUGCCGUGGGAUGCGAAAGCCCAGUACAUCUGCUUCCUGGACAGAAUACACAAAGAUCUCUUAGAGUGGAUUCUGACGGAGCCGUCUACGGCAAUAUUUAAACCGUACAGCGAGAAGGCACUAACUCUAAUGAAAACUAUUCUACAGGCGCCGGUGGAGCUUGUUUCUGUUAUCCUAGAUAGGGCUGGUGUAGUCUCCAUUGAGACACCGGAGGACUUGUCCGGUGUCGAUGUUGACGCUUCCAAUCCUACGGACCAGACCUCUGUUGAGAACAGCCAUGCUAUACGAGGGUCAAGUUCCCGCAGCAACAGCAUAUCAGCCUCCGAUGCAAAUGAUACAAUUGCGAAUGAGCUAUCUGAUGAUGGACAUGAGGCCCAAGACCUGGGUGAGCAAUAAUCCACAGAAUCACGCACCUACCCGCUUCAGAUGGACCCUGAUCUCAAGGAAUCCUUCGCUGCCGACUUCGACCUCCAGAAACGGAGUAGGUCUGGCACAUUGCAUGCAGACACCGCAUACUUCGAUUUCCUUGACUCGUCGUGAACGCCGCCAGGGGAAAUCCAUUCCCAAGUCAG